AUGACGCGAACAGUCGUCGGCCACCCUCAUAUCAUCACAGAAAAUUUCGACGAAGACAUCUCAAACUACUUUGGGUUGAUCAAGUGUAAGGUUUUGCCACCUCGAGGGCUCUUCCACCCUGUCCUACCUUAUCGUACACAGGGAAAGUUGAUGUUUCCCUUAUGUAAAUCGUGUGCUGAUACGUGUAACCAAACCCCAUGUACCCAUUCCGACUCCGAAAGAGCCAUUCAAGGAACAUGGUGCAGUGUAGAGCUGGAAAAAGCGUUGCAGAAAGGUUAUGUAAUCCAGAAGGUCCACGAAGUGUGGCAUUUUCCACAACAAUCUGAUGAGUUGUUUAAAGAUUACAUCAAUACGUUUCUGAAAAUCAAACAGGAAACGAGUGGUUACCCGAAGAAUUGCAGGACAGAGGAGCAGAAACUCGGCUACGUCGAGGAGUACUUCGAACGAGAAGGAAUCCGUUUGGAUCCAGGCAAAUUUGCGCAACGUCCUAAUAUGACCAAAGUGGAAUUGAUCAAAGACCCACAAGUUUACUUUGACUACUUAACUUCAGAUGAAAUCAAUGUUCUCAACGUAAAUUUCGUGAGUGAUGAAGUGAUUGAAAUUCACCAUGAAAACAAUGAGAAUUUCACUGCGCCAAACUCUAAAACGAACGUGGUCAUUGCUGCUUUCACCACAGCUUACGCUCGCCUCAAACUCUACGAUGUUCUGGAUCAACUUCAAGAAAGAGCGUUGUAUUACGACACUGAUUCGGUGAUCUUUGUUAGUAAACCUGGUGAUCCAGAGCCCCCUACAGGUCCGUACCUCGGCGAACUGACGGAUGAGUUAAAGGGAGACUACAUCACCACAUUUAUCUCGGGUGGACCAAAGAAUUACUGUUACCGCACAAAUUCGAACAAAGUUGAAACAAAGAUACGAGGUAUCACGUUGAAUUGCACCGCUAGGCAAAACGUUAACUUUGAGGUGAUUCGUGCUUUGGUAUACCUUCAUGCAAAAUGUAAUGUCGCAGGGCGGGUAUCCGUAGAUAUCCCAUUCAAAAUUACUCGCAACACCAAAACAAAGGACAUAGAAACCAAACGCAUGAAAAAGGACUAUCGUAUUGUUUAUGACAAACGUGUUAUUAUUGAUGAAUACAAAACACUUCCAUACGGAUUCUAA